GGAGUAUGGCGGUGAUACUGUCCUGCAAGCGAUACAUGGAUCUAGAAAAUCUGAAUAAAGCCGAGUGCUACUUCGAGAAAUCAAACGACCAGAUUGUCUCCCUUGAGCUGCAGUUACUCCAGCUUCAAAAGAGGUACUUCCUUGCACGAGAGGCGGGACAGAAGUGUUUCAGAUAUUCUUUGAGACUGCGCAUGGCUGUGACGGAAGCAAUGAGAGACAUCUAUUACAAGUUCUCCAAGGUCAAGGGGAGAGAAAUCGUGCGGCUCCGCCAGGAACUAUUUGGGGAGGACAUAGAAUUUCUUGUGUCGGACUCUGAAGACGAGGAGGAUUUCACCCUAACAAGAUGA